UUUAUAAAUCUUGCCCGCAUGGCAGUAAAAAGAUAAACUAAUUAGGUAUAUCGAGUUUAGUAGAUGGAAUCAAGUCUUAUUUUUGGCAUCUUGCAAGUGUUUGGAAAGCUGUGCCAUGCAGCCUGUACGGCUGUUUUCAAGCAUUAGAUCAUCAUAAGUAGAUCUUCCUGUGACUUCGAGUGUUAUUCAAGAACAAGUGAAGUGUUACCAAAAUGUCUAGUACGAUAGACGAAAAUUGAAAGUUAGUUUAACAUAACAGAAUAAUGUGCCUAUCGUCUAUCAUGAUGAUAAAAGCGUUAUUCUAGGACUAUUACGAGCUAAAAGGCUCUAAAACUCACUACUUAUCUAUCAAUGCUAAACUACAGGCUAGUUUCAACGCACUUCUUGAAGCAGCCGUAGUUUGUUGGACAAUAAACUCUUCAUAGACUGCUCGAGUUGUAACACUAUGUGCCGGGACCGCGAUAUGUUGAGGCAGAGCUGUGAGAUCAUCAAAUAGAGACUCUGUGCUGUUUUACAAUUAAUAAUCUGUAUUUUAGUGAAUAGUUUACCGCCAAAACGGCGCUCGUUUCCGUGCUACCGUUUCGUUUUGUUUCUUUCAUUUUGUUUUACAUAAAAGGAUAAACAAUAGCCCGGUAGUUUAGUGAUUGGUUGUGGAUUAUCACCCGGGGUCUCGCCCAGGUUUGGGCCCCAGAGGAACCCUGGCAAGUCGAAGUCGGGACAACAUUUCCAGAAUUCUCAACUCCAUAGUAGGCGCUGCGAGAUACUGCAUCAAACACAUUUCGGCCGAUUACUUUUGGAAAUUGGGGAUUUAUUUUCGAGGGUAGUCUUUAAAAAGAAGCAAAGAUGGUACUAUUGGAAAUUGAUCAGGGUUACGGCACACCAUCCGAUUGCUCGAGCGACCGUCGCAUUGUAAUUACCACAAACGGGUGGCGUGCGCAGUGCUGCGAGCAGGAUCGGGAACGGGGGAGUGAGAGAGAAGAUAUGGCAGCCCCUGAGGGUGAGCGCGAGGCCCGUAAACGGCGGGAACGUCGCGACUCGGGCUGUGCGCACGAGCGCAAAGAGAGGAGACCGCACAGCGAAGAACGGCUCCCACCUCCUCCGCCGCCACCACCGUUACAUGAUCACAAUCGUCUUGAGUCCGAACGUCGUGCAGAAAGGCUGUCUCGCGCACGUAGACCACAGUUCGGAAAGCGACGCCGCGCGCCUGCCCGCCUCCCGCGACAGCCCCGGGAAAUUGACCAUGUGUCCGCAGAGGACUCCCGCUGCGGCACACCCCCACACUUUGAAUACGUUGUUCAACAGAAACCAGAAGUAUGUGAAGAAACCGAACGAUCCCAUAGCUCUCGACGCGAAGAAGCGGAACACGCGCGUCGAGACGAGCGAAGCGUGCCGCCGCGGCGCACGCAGCCCAGUCCCGAUAGACGACUUGAGAAAAUUAACAAGAAGAUCGCCGUUCUCAAGAAGUCAAUUACCAAAUACGAGAACGACUUCGAAACCCAAAACGGGCGUGCUAUAUCUCCCGGCGAUCGAAUGACUGACGUCCAACUGACGCGCAUGCAUGAGACCCUGCGGCGCUUGCAAACAGAAAAGCGCUGCAUCAAAGCGGACCCCGUGGAAUACGCUCUGAAAGUUAAAGCCGCUAAAUUGCAGAAGGAAAGAGAUGAAAAGCUGGAUGCAGCGCUGAAAAGCGACAAAUCGAUGGUAGAUGUGGUUCGGGAUAUUGAAGAGUGGAUAGACGGGUGUCGUCAAGCAGCUGGUCGAAUUAUAGCUUCCGAAACGACUUGGACCUCAGCGCAACUAGCUGCAGAGAAGGCCUGUGUGCAACGCGCUUUACUCCGCCUUGAGGCGGCUAGAGGCAGACCAGCCGCUAAUACCGCAGAGCGAGGUGCCGCUAGACACCUCUAUGAGAGAUAUAGAGCUGUGAAACGCGCUCUACAAUCCAGAUCUGAUAUAAUGGGAACUAACGGUGAACUAGCAACGAUUCAUGAACACGAAGCGAUGCUGUUCACAAGCGUUGAUAGCUCCAGUGACUCGCAGGAGAAACCAUCGGACACUUCUCAGGAAACAGCAGAAGAAAGCCCGUUACAAUCACCUCCAAUACGCGAAGUGGUGGAAGAAAUGCCUUCAUCCACAUCUUCAGCUAAGUCUGCUACAAGUGAGGAGACACCUUCCAACGAAGGAUUGCAUUUCCUGGGCUUGGAUGAUCUGGCCAGAGCCCUAAGUGAAGCCAAGAUGCAGAAAUGUGUUCUUCGCCGAACAAUAAAGGAGUACGAGUUAAACUUCGAAAUACAGAAUAGCAGGAAGGUCCAAAGUGACGACAAGAAGGGCAGAGAAGAAGAAUACCAAAGAUACAAAGCUAUUAAGGCCAGGAUCAAAUUGUUGAACGCGCUCAUUAACAAACAAAAAGGCUUAUUAAAAAAUAACAGAGGUUGAAUUAUUGAGCGUUGUAUUGAAGGUGACACUUACAAUGUUGUAGUAAAAAUCAAUUUUAAAAUAAUCUUUUAUGAAUGUACUCUCUUAUUAUGACUGUAGAGUUUAAAUUUCACUGUUUAGACAAGAGGGUUACGACUUUAAGUACAAAGGCAUAUGGCCUAAGGUUUGUAUUGCAAAGAUUUAAUUGUAUUUAUUUAAGAAUUUAAUAUUUUCUAAACUUUAAUGACACCUUUAAUGUACAAGUGUUACGGAUUUACUAACGAGCCCACAUUAAAUUCUAUAUAUCGAAAUACAUAGAAUGUAUAAUACAUAGAAAUGUAUUAAGACAUUGAGUGUAUUAUUUUGACUUUGUAAAUUUUGAAAACAUCAUGGCAGUUUAUACAUACAAAAUAACACGUAGUUUUUGAUGAAACAAAGAGAUUAUUAAAGUAGAUAGUGUAUAUAUGAUCUCUGAAAACAGGAACUUUCUUAGAAAAAAUCAAAAUAGGUAUUAUGUUAAAAAUAAUUGUAACAUAAAUUUAGUCUCAUUUUACUUUACGUACACACAUGUAGCUUUAAAUUAAUAAUGUGCAUGAUUUCAGUUUUGUAUUGAACAGUGCCAAUUUUUGACAGCUUAUGUCGUAAGUACCAUCACACACGGAUGCAUUUUCGGUUUACGGUUUGAAUUAAUAAUUUCCUGUUAUUGGACAUUACUCAUCUAACUCUAAUUAAUUAAUAACAUUCGAAUUCAUUAUUUUUAUGAUUUUUUUCUUAUCGUUAAUUUUUGUCGUGUUUACAACUAAUAAUCUUAUACCUAACUUUAAGAAAAUAAUCAUUUGUUGUGACAAGUUAUUUAGUGCAAUUUUGUAAAAACAUAGAGAAUUACCAUUAUUUCACUAGAUUUUAAAUACGACUGAAAACUAAAUAACUAAAAUUCUAUGGAGAUCUCUUGUUAAAAUUAUAAUGGUACAAACGGAAAAAUUAUAUUGUCACAAGUUUCUUUUUAUAAGUGGUUAAUUGUUGGCGCGUUUUUGAAAGUGUUUUAUAAUCUAUUGCUAUGCACUUAGGCUAUACAUACCUAGUUAUAUUAAUAUUAUAGAGGCGCGCGAGUAUAACCUGAUUGUACGAUAAAAAAUAUUGUGAAUGUAUGAGUGAUGUCCGUUUCUAGUAGAAAUGAAUAUAUGCUUAAAACAUAAAAUCAUCUAAUAAAUAAUGUGUGUGAAAUCAUCUACUAAAUAAAUGUUUUGUGAAAAUUGAGGUUGUCAUUGGAUACAUUUUUAGCCUAUGGUUGACAAACCUAAUCUGUGUUUGCCUUUUUCGCUCUUUAUAUGUUCUGCAUUGAAAGGACAACACAGAUAUUUCUUUGUACUUUUGAUUGUAGUGAUCAUAUCACAUCAUAUACUCUUGUUUUUCGACACACGGAUCGGAUAGACGUCGUCACCAAUUCGCUUAUUAUAAUUAACAAUUUAAUAUUAAAAAUUGUGAUUAUUCUUUGAAAGUAUUUUCUUUAAAAUAAAUAGCCGUCUAAAAGGCUAAUUUAAAUUUUAACAUAGUAGGUACAUUGUUAAUUGUAUAAUGACUGUAAUAUAAAAUUACACAGUGAAGUUUCUAUAGAAAUUGUUCAGAAAAAGGUCGAUUCGCAGCAUAUUACAUAUAAA